AUGACACUUAUGAUACUUACUAGGUGUCCAGGGAUGAGUCUGGGCAUCCUAGGUUCCAUACCAGGCGCUUGGCUGAUCCUCACACUCACGGUCCUGCUCAUAUAUCUUCUGACGAGAUGCUGCGACAGGAAGCAACGCCCUCCAAAAAGUAUCACUGCGCUCAAAAUAACCCUGAUGAUACUGUCGGUGCUGUGUUGCGGCGCGAUAGGCGUCGGUCUAUUCGGCAACGACGACCUGCACAACGCGAUGCUGCAGAGCAUCCAGGCGGGCAACCAGCUCGCCAGCCUCGUCAACACUGUUAAGAACCAGUCGAGCAUCCUAGAGGAAGCGAUGGGUUCACGUGCGCGAGCGCCCUUAGCUCGACUCGCGGACGCUCUGGACGCGCCCGUGGCCAACCAGACGGCCCUCGGCACUUUGCUGCGGGCGCUCUCCGCGCUGCGCAAUAACGCCAGCGCCGCCGCCUCUGCUGCGGACAACCUGAAGCGUCCGCUCGCCGCUCUCAACUUAGAUGCAGUCAUGAAGCGCGCGUGGGUGGGGGAGGCGGCGCGCUGGGCGGGUGGUAUGGCGGGCUGGUGCUGCGGCGGCGCCGUGUGCGUCGCGCUGCUGGCCGCCGCCGCGCGUCGUUCGCGCCGCGCCCUGCUGCUGCUCUGCGUAUGUGCGCUGGGUGCGCUGGUGGCGUGCUGGUCGGCGAGCGCUGUGCUCACUGCUGGCGCGGUGGCUUCGGCCGACGCGUGCCAGGAGCCCGCGCGCGCCGUGGCGCACCACGCGCCGCACCACCUGCCUGUCGAUAUGGUGUACUACUACCUGUCGUGUAAAGUGUCCAGGGAGAACGUACUGACAGCUGAACUGAGGAACGCACAGAGAGCGGUGGUCGCCGUGAGACAGGCGCUGGCCGUCUUGUCUAGGGGCGCACCGCAAAUGUUCACUGACCCAGGGCUACAGCCGGCGCUAGGUGCGCUGGGCGCGGGCACGGGCGAGGCGGAGCGCGCGCUGGUGUCACUGAGCGGCGCGCUGGAGUGCCGCACGGCGCGCGCCUACUUCGUGGCCGCCGCGCGCGCCGCCUGUGACGCCGGACUGCAGGCUUUAUCGUUACAACUGCUGGCUGCUAUAGCUGCCGGCUUCCUGUUCACGGCAAUAGUUCUGGUUGACUCGCACGCUUGGAUUUACAUUAACACUAAACGCGGCGGCAGCGGCGAGGAGCAGGCGCCGUUCCUGUCGAGCGGCAGCAGCGCCGCCACGCGCUCGCUGCCGCGCCCCGCGCCCUUCCCCAACGGCAAGCCGCCCUCCUACAGCGCGGCCGUGCAGCUCAUGGACCUCGCCGAGCCGCAGCGCCCCAGUUCGGAAGCUGCUUGCGCGCGCAGGUCGCGCAUGUCGGGCAGCGCGACGCUGGGGCGCGCGAGCGGCGGGCUGGGCGCGCUGGGCGCACUGGGCGGCGCGCACACGCUGGGCCGCGCGCCGCACAACGGCAAGUACGCGACGCUCAGCAAGCAGUGCAAGACGCUCGAGAGCAGCGACUUCUACUGA